AUCCAACAGGCACAGGAAGAGGUGGUGCCUCUUAUAUGGUAAAUAUUUUGAAGAUGAAAUAAACAGAGAAUUAAAAUAUACAGGAGCAGGAAUGUUAUCAAUGGCCAACAGUGGACCAAGUGGUAGUCAAUUUUUAUCACAUUAGGACCAACUCAAUGGAUAUCUGCAGCAAGCCAACAUGAAUUGGGUACGAAGUACUUUGAAGUAUUUAGGGUUGUUCUCUUCUUCGGAUGAGCAACCUUUAAAAGACGAUUUCCAUCGUCGUAGUGAGGAAGAUAUAACGAAAAAAUCAGAUUCCAUAACAACUAUCAAAUCCUUUACUGAGAAAUAUCCCAUAAACUCUGGGAAAGGUAAAACUGAAACAGUACACACAGAAUGUACUCAACCAAAAGACUAUGCAACCACAGAGGCUUCCGAAUCACCUGAUCAUUGUGAACCUGUGACUAAAGACAAUACUGUGAUAAAAAGUGAUAUGGACAACAUUAAUCUAUUAGAUGACACAUCAGAUGAGUUGAUGAAUCUCUCUGUUGACCCGCAAGAAACUUCAAUUUCUGAACUUGUCAACUCGGACAAAAAGAAGAAAAAGGGCAUGAAAAAGGUGAAAAAGAGAGUAACGUGGGCUGUGAGAAGAAGUUGGAAGUGGUUAAAACGUGGCUGGUCUGGUUAUGCUCCUGGUGUAGCUUCAGGAAUGAUGUAUUGCACUAAUGCUCCAUCUACACUCUUUAAUCUUCACACUAAGUGA